AUGGGGCAGCCGGAGCCGGAGGCUCCCUUUGACCUGGGGCUGCUGCGGACCCCCAGGGGGCUGCUGCUGGGGGCCCAGCUGGUGCUGUGCGGGGUGGUCGUGGGGCUGCUGGCCCCCCCCGCGCCCCCCACGCUGGCGCCGGCGCUGCUGCAGACCCUGGCGGGGGCGGCGGCUCUGGGGGGGCUGCUGCUGAGGGACCCCCCCCGCCUGCCCCGCGGCUACGCAGCCUGCCUGGACCUGCUCCGCGCCGUCUCCGGCUCCAUCAUCUUCCUCGUGGUGGCUCUGGUGGCCCUGGCGGCGUCGCGGCAGGCGCUGGCUGCCACCACCUUUACCUUCAGCCUCCUCCUUGCCUUCCUCUUCGCCUUCGACGUCUUCGUCACCUACCGCAGCAGGGUGGUCCCGGCCCUGGCACCAGACCCCGAGAUGGACUCAGCCUAACCAGAGCCCCCCCACCGCCCCCCCC